GACGCCUCUUCCGUUCACACGACCGCCCCGCGCCCUGCAUCGAAUACCACCGCGUCGCCUAUGGUGCCUAUGGGGAGGAGCGUUCGCUCGAGACUGGUGCUCUCGUAUGCCCCGGACUGGCUCGUGUGCAUUGUACUAGCAGCUGCGUUUUAUGCGCUUGAAUAUAUCGAAGGAUUUAAGAGGGAGUUCUCGUUGACCGACACUUCACUACAACAUACGUUUGCAGUACAUGAACGCGUACCAGCCCUCGCACUGUAUAUGAUAGCCGGCGUUGCGCCGCUCGUACUACAACCCCUCAUCAAUGUACUCACAAUACGGUCCUGGUGGGACCUGCACACUAGCUGGCUGGGUUUACUCCUAUCCCUUACCAUAACCGGGUCGAUAACCCAGUUCGUUAAGAUUACCGUCGGACGCCCUCGUCCUGACCUGAUUGCUCGAUGCAUCCCUAUAGCGGGUUCUGUUGACCCCCCUCUCGGGCUGUCGACAGUAGCUAUCUGCACCCAGACCGACAAACACAUGCUUCAGGACGGCUGGAGAAGCUUCCCCAGUGGCCACUCGAGCUUGACAUUUGCGGGCCUAGGCUUCCUAUCGUUUUAUCUCGCGGGGAAGCUGCACUUAUUCGACAUGCGAGGACACACAGUGAAGGCAUGGCUCGCGCUCGCGCCACUUGCGGGGGCCGCGAUGGUGGCCAUAUCGCGCACGAUGGACUACCGGCACCACUGGCAGGACGUCCUCACGGGAUCGCUGCUCGGCCUGGUGACCGCGUACUUCUCCUACCGCCAGUUCUACCCGCCGCUGUGGUCCGAGAUAUCCCACAAGCCGUACUCUCCGCGCAUCAAGCGCGGCAGCCACCUCCUCCCUACGCAUACGCGAGACCCGUCUGAGGCAGAGGUGCUAGCGGAGAUCGCUCCUAACCGCGGGGAUAUACGUCCUCGAGCUGAGAGGCGCUAUACGGACAGGCCAAGUAUAGGCGACGAGACGACUAUGGCUGCUACGACGCGCCCUGUAGAGUCCAUAGAUGGCGUGGAUACGAGGAAGGAGUCGUGGCGCGAGUCCCGUUACGAUAAUGCAGAGUAGUUGCUAU